GAGCGAUUGAUUUCGAGGGCAAGAUAUCUAUCGGUGGACACGAUAUCCGUAUAGACAAGCAUUUGGUUCAGAAAAUGAUUGGUUUUUGUCCGCAACAAAACGUUUACUUCAAAUACCUGACAAUUAGAGACCAUUUGAAGAUAUUGUCGCGAUUAAAGCAAACCAUACGCGAGAGUAAUGAUGGAUACAGUGGUGAAGAACUCAUCACUAAAUUAGGUCUCAACGAAGACAUAGACAAACAGGCGUUACAUUUGUCCGGCGGUACUCUUCGACGACUGGUCCUGUCGUUGGCUCUCAUCGGACACAACGAUGUCUUAGUAUUAGACGAACCGACGGCUGCUUUGGAUCCGAGAGUUAGACAACAGGUUUGGGAUCUAAUGAUAGACUCGAGAAAAAGCAAAACAGUUUUGAUUACUUCCCACGACUUCGAAGAAGCGAAUCUACUCUCGGAUCAGAUCUGUAUUAUCUCUAAAGGAGUUCUUUGUUUCAAUGGAACCACUCUUCAGAUGAAACACGAAUUUAAUUCCGGAUAUGAAUUGAAAAUUAAUCAAUCAAAUGAAAUGCAAACCGAGAGUCAAAUCACAAAAACUAUUGCAAAAUACACUGAAAUUAAGAGUUUCUCAAAAAAUAAUUUGGGAGACAAUGAAGAACUGGUUUUCGGUCUAAACUUUGAACGAAACGAUAGAUUCGGACAAAUGUUUGACGAAUUGGAGAGAAAUAAGACUUUAUUAGCGAUUAAUAACAUGUCGUUAGGGAUGACAACACUCGAGGGCUCUUACGCUCAGAUUGUCUCAAAAGCGGACAACAAUUUGCUCGAAGAUCUCAACAUUGAUAUCAAUGAUAAUAACGAUAAACUAAUUACUGAUUCACUCAAUACUCAACAAAACAAAAUCUCAACUUUAAGACUAGUUUUAAAAGUAAUGGAGAGAUCGGAUGUGAGGGAAGAGUCGGAAAGAGUAUCACAAGUCAUAAGAAGUGGAGAUUUUGAUAGCGUUUCACUAAUUGUCCACAAAUUGAGUAAAAGUGUAAAUCGGAAGACAAUAUUAGUGAAUGAGUUGUCGUUUUUGGUGAACAGAAGUGAAUGUUUGGGUUUAUUGGGAACCAAUGGUUCGGGAAAGACAUCAACCUUUAGACUACUCACUGGAGAUCUAGACUCAGACUCCGGUAACGCAUACUUGGGCUCAGACGCAGACCUGAGGGUAAAGACACAGAAAUACUUCUCACGAAUCGGUUAUUGUCCACAAAAUGACGCCCUUUUGGAUCCGUUGACAGGAAUACAAACUCUUGUAUUCUUCGCCAGAAUUCGUGGUCUCGAGAGACAGACUUACGACACAUUCAUUACAAACAUAAUAAAUAAGUUUGAAAUGAAAGCAAUAAUUGACAAAAGGGUCUCCACUUAUAGCGGGGGUAACCGUCGAAAGCUGUCUCUGGCGGCGGCACUGAUGGGCACUCCCGGGCUAUUACUGCUUGACGAACCCACUAAUGGUGUCGACCCCUCCUCUCGGCUUAAAAUAUACAAAAUAUUAAAUGAUUUAAUGAUUUCGUCAAACAUUUCAAUACUAUUAACGUCUCAUAAUAUGAUUGAAUGCCAGAUAUUAUGCAAUNAAUUGUUACUUAUGUUACCCGUUGUGGUGAAGCGUAUAGUAGAGGACAGACAGACACUGAUUACCGACUAUUUGCUACGUCUGGGUGUCAAUAGGAUUGACUACUGGUUGGCCAUUAUUAUAGACUCCCUGUCCGUAAUCGGUGUCCAAGACCAUUUGAAGAUAUUCUCGCAAUUAAAGCAAACCAUACGCGAGAGUAAUGAUGGAUACAGUGAUGAAGAACUCAUCACUAGAUUAGGUCUCAAAGAAGACAUAGACAAACAGGCGUUACAUCUGUCCGGCGGUACUCUUCGACGACUGGUCCUGUCUUUGGCUCUCAUCGGACACAACAAUGUCUUAGUAUUAGACGAACCGACGGCUGCUUUGGAUCCGAGAGUUAGACAACAGGUUUGGGAUCUAAUGAUAGACUCGAGAAAAAGCAAAACAGUUUUGAUUACUUCCCACGACUUCGAAGAAGCAAAUCUACUCUCGGAUCAGAUCUGUAUUAUCUCUAAAGGAGUUCUUUGUUUCAAUGGAACCACUCUUCAGAUGAAACACGAAUUCAAUUCCGGAUAUGAAUUGAAAAUUAAUAAAUCAAAUGAAAUGCAAACCGAGAGUCAAAUCACAAAAACUAUUUCAAAAUACAGUAAAAUAAAAAGUGUUUCAAAAAACAAUUUGGGAGACAAUGAAGAACUGGUUUUCGGUCUAAACUUUGAACAAAACGAUAGAUUCGGACAAAUGUUUGACGAAUUGGAGAAAAAUAAGACUUUAUUAGCGAUUAAUAACAUAUCGUUAGGGAUGACAACACUCGAGGGCUCUUACGCUCAGAUUGUCUCAAAAGCGGACAACAAUUUACCCGAAGAUCUAAACAUUGAUAUCAAUGAUAAUAACGAUAAACUAAUUACUGAUUCACUCAAUACUCAACAAAACAAAAUCUCAACUUUAAGACUAGUUUUAAGUCAAUUCUAC